AUGCCCCACGCCAUAGCAAAAGUAGGCGACCGUGUCAUCGCUGAGACGGACUCGUGGGAGACGGUAGAGGGCAAUAUCUACUUCCCAGAGUCUUCUAUCAAGGAUAGGAGUAUUCUUCAAUCCUCUGAUCUGUCCACCUUUUGCCCGUGGAAAGGCUACGCUUCGUACUGGAGCAUAGUUGUCGACGGGAAAACAAAUGAGAAUGCAGUUUGGUACUACAAAGAGCCAUAUGAUGCCGCUAUUAAUAUCAAGGACCAUGUUGCCUUUGAUAAGAAGCAGGUGGAAAUCACAGACGAAUAA